CACUUGGUUUUUACCAGGCAAGCUUUAUGAAUGCAGCGGCCGGAAGGUGCUUCAGUGUGAGGAGAAAAGUAGCUGACAGGCGCUGCACCGUUCACAGCUCUCGGUCUCCGUGACGUCAGCGUGUAGUGUUGUGCCGUGGAGAUGCAGCUGGGUGCUUUGGACCACUUUUGUGAGAAGGGAGAAGAAAGCGACAGUACACGCACGGAGAGCAGGAAUAGCAAACACAGGCUUGGACAGCAACAUCAUUUUCUACCUUUAUUCUGCUACGGCUACCACUGUCUCUACUACUGCUUCUGUCGUGGGCUUUCUUGUCAGCAGCAGGAGCUACUGGAUAUAUAUUCUCAGCAGACGACGCAAGACUUUGGAUUACUCCUGUAAUAUUUUUAAACAAAACAAACCAACUCGUUUUUUUAUUAUAAUUAUAAUUAUUUUCGUUUACUCUUAGAUCCAUUAUCCCUGAACAUUUUUUACUGACUGACUACUUCUACCCUUUUGAUUUUUAUCUCCCCGUUUUCCCUCCCGCUUCCAAACCCUUGUGUCUGUGUUUUAACAAUAUCACACCUUCGCUAAACCCUCCUCUUUGAUCCCACCCAACAUCCCCUGUUUAAGAAUCAAGGAAAAUGCUCCAGAAAGAAGGAUUAUUUUUGCACCAGUGGAUUUAACAUAACAAUUCUGGACAACUUGACUACAUCACAGCUCAGCCAACAUCUGGUCUGGAAUCUGGAGUCUUGUAUCACAGAGAAGGGGCACUGUAUGAAGUUCUGCACAGAGACCUGCUCUUGCAUACAGCCAAGCUAUUGUCUAGCUGUGAAAAGGACUGGAGAACUGCGGAAACACAGACAAGACAGGACAUUCUGCCAGCAGUAUAAACUGACACAGGUGUUUCUGUGUGAACCUGAAGACCAGCAGUUCUGUGGAGCCACAGCAAGCAUGAAUAUGAAUAUGAACUUGACAAUGAAUAUGAACACAAAGGAUGGGAAGGUGUCAGAAGGGGGUCUAAACGUCACACUGACAAUAAGACUACUAAUGCAUGGAAAGGAAGUGGGCAGCAUAAUUGGAAAGAAAGGAGAAACAGUGAAAAAGAUGAGGGAAGAGAGUGGUGCUCGAAUCAACAUUUCAGAAGGCUCCUGCCCAGAGAGGAUUGUCACAAUCACAGGCCCCACAGACGCCAUAUUCAAAGCCUUCUCCAUGAUUGCACUUAAGUUUGAAGAGGAUAUAAAUGCCUCAAUGACAAACAGUACAGUGACAAGUAAACCACCCGUAACACUGAGGCUGGUGGUCCCAGCAAGCCAGUGUGGCUCAUUGAUAGGAAAAGGAGGGUCCAAGAUCAAAGAAAUCAGAGAGACCACAGGGGCUCAGGUACAAGUAGCAGGUGACAUGCUUCCAAAUUCUACAGAGAGAGCUGUCACAAUCUCAGGCACUCCAGAUGCCAUCAUUCAGUGUGUAAAGCAGAUAUGUGUGGUGAUGCUUGAGUCUCCACCCAAAGGUGCAACAAUUCCCUAUCGUCCUAAACCCACUUCAACCCCCAUUAUCUUCGCUGGUGGUCAGGUCAGAGCAGAUACCAUCUUGGCAUCAGCAGGGAAUCAUACUGUUCUGGCACAGCCACAACCAACACCAACCUUCACAAUUCAGGGGCAGUACGCUAUUCCUCAUCCAGAUUUGACCAAGCUUCACCAGUUGGCUAUGCAGCAUACCCCCUUUACUCCCCUUGGGCAGAACAACCCUGCCUUCCCUGGACUGGAUGCCACCACUCCUACUAGUUCCCAUGAGCUAACAAUCCCAAAUGAUUUGAUAGGUUGCAUUAUCGGCAGACAAGGCAGUAAGAUUAAUGAAAUCAGGCAGAUGUCAGGAGCACAGAUCAAGAUCGCCAAUGCCAUUGAAGGCUCUGCGGAAAGGCAGGUCACAAUCACAGGAUCCCCAGCAAACAUCAGCUUAGCACAGUACCUCAUUAAUGCCAGUUUCUAUAAAUGUCUUGGUCCAUGAAAACUGAUCAUUCAAGUCUACCAGAUUUCUUUGAGAGAUUCUGAGCUGUCUUCAGAAGUUACUGGCCUGGGAGCUCUGUAAUAUUUCCGAUAAUGCACUAGUGCAUUAGUCACCUGACAGGACAAUUCCAAAGCCCCAUGUGACAAUGAUUCCUAUGGACUAUAUACUACAGAGGAAUUCCCAACAUUUAUAUAACAAAAUAUAAAAACAUCAAUGACUUUCUUAUACUCAUGAAUAAAGUCCCUACUACUUUUUAACUCUGAACAAAUGUGCUUCCUAACUUUUGUGUUGCUUCAUUGCUGUACCAGUUUUAACACUGUUUGUGGUUCAUACAUGGUUAGAAUUCUUACUUUUGUUUUUUGUUUUAGUUGAUAUUCAUGCUCAGUCUCGUCUAUGUAACGGCAUGAGCUUUUAGUGCUUCAAAUCAUUGUACUCAAUUAUAUUAUAUGUUACUGAGGUAAAUUAAAUAAUGAUAGCUUUUUAUAAGUAAAAGAUUCCUGAUACAAUGUUUGUUGUCUCUUUCAUUUUUUAGAAGUUCACGUCAAAUAUUAUUUAUUACAUGAUGUAUGGACCAAUUUGCAUACACAAACACAGAAUAUGCUUGUCAAUCUGCAUCUGAUUCCAUCAGAAAAUGCCUGCACAACUUUUGUAUAAAACAUGUAUUGUCAUCUGUCAUGCUAUAAACACAAUAUAUUUAAUAAGCUUCAGGGAUCUUUCAAAUACUUGUACAGCUGUGCUGUAAAAAUUGAUAAGCUUAAUAAAUCU